AUGUUUGCUAAACACCAUCCGUUCUCUGUUGUAAAUGAGGUAACAUCCUGGAACUUUCGCCACGGAUGUCUGGAAAACUUACAACUCAAAGAAUGGUUGCAACAAACGGGGAGCUUCUCAAUCCCUAGCUACCCCCUUUCUGAACAGCCGACUGGGGGUAUUAGAUUACUGAUAUGCAAUUACACAUUAUUCGAGCGCACCUCGCUCGGGAUGUCCCGGGAGGACUACAAUUUAGUGGAAUCAAUGCUUGCCCUUCAUCCGGCCACCCUUUCAGCGCUUGAGGUAAAUGGUGGGAUGUUCUCGCCUAUUAUCCUCAAAGCGCCUCAGAAGUAUGAGAUCGCUAAUUACAUGCUUUCUCUCACACAUGAUACUUCAUCACAAUGGACCACAGCUCUCCUCGCGGGCGAGGAUAUCAUCGAUCUGUUCCCAUCAAUGGAAGACUAUCGCUCCGAACGGCCAUUCAGAUUCCAAGUCCCCGGAAGAACCAUCCGGACUAGUCUUGCCGAGUCUCCUGAGUUGUGGAACAAUCCUCUCACAUUGCCAUGUAUCCUUAUCACCGAUCACCUCAAGCGAGUACAACAAUUCUGUACCGGGUCUCUGACCCAACAGGUCAUGGUGAUCGAGGAACAUCUUGGGGUGACCAUGGUUGGCCGGAGGAACCAACCACGUUUUCGGGUGCCGACAAAUAGAACUCUCUCCAAAGAUGCGGAUAUGCUGAACCUGGGAAUACCGGUUGAUAGAUCUCAGACGCACUUUCUCACCGUUUCCAUUAACUCGAAGCUAACCAGUAUAUUAUUCACAAGACGCUCCCCGAAGUGGAACUACGAGGCGUCACAGUUUCUAUUAAACAUCAUGAAUGAGGCUUCUGGGGAAUGGCACGGCCAGCAUUCGCGCUAUAACCAAAUCAAUGAACUAAUUGAGCACAAUAUAUAUCUGGCCAAAUCUAUCGAGGAACAUGUGCUGUGCCUUCAGGCGCGGAUGGAGCUUCAGCUCGAUGUGCCGGGCGUCCCGCUCACUGCAAUCACUCUCGGAGGCUGGGCGCUCUGGUGGAAUUUCGAGAAACACAGGUACGAUGUACAUAUGAGGGAGGCAAAUGAAGGACUGUAUGAUUUCGGGCCACUGUGUAAGGCAUUCCGAGCAGAAGCACCAGGAUUCGUGUUCUUAAGUUCCGACGGCGUCCGACCAGGGUAG